ACAAGUGUGAUGCAUUUUUUUGGGGUUCUUUUUUUAUUUUUUUACACUGCUUUGCUUUUCAGACUUUUAGGGAAAGGAUUUUGGAGACACGCUUUUUUUUCUGCUCCGCGGAACCCCGAGGAAAAUAUUAUUGUUUCCAUAACUGCAUAACUUUUGUUCAUCUCGACGGGAACGCGCUCGGUUAACGGAUCAACAUGCCUCGGUCUUUCCUGGUGAAAAACAAAAGGUGCUCGUCGUAUAAUGUUCACCGAUCCCAUGAAGACGAGUCUGAGGCCCCGGCGUGUAACGAAGAAACACAGGAGGCCCAGAGCACGGACUCCGAAGACAGGCUCCAGUCUUGCCCCGAGGACCACUGCUCCUUCGCAAAGGAGGAGCCAGAGCUGGAACGGCCCUUACCUGCUCACCCGGAGCCAGCCAGACCCCCCGUGGCCCCCACACAGCCAUACUACCGAAAUGCCCCCCAAGAGGCCCACAUGGCUGGAUUCGCUCCUUACUUCAAGCCGUCGUACGGCUGGGAGCCGGUGCCGUCCUCCUACAAGCUGCGCCAGAUGAGCUUCAGCCCCACGGUGCUGCAGCACACCAGCAACCUGUACGGCCCGCACAUCAGCCGCAGCCCGCAGCCCCAGCAGCCUCUGGACUGCAGCACGCACUACUCCCCCGCCCUGGAGAACUACCACUGCAUCGCCUGCGAAAAGGUGUUCUCGACGCCACACGGCCUGGAGGUUCACGUCCGGAGGUCGCACAGCGGGACCAGACCUUUUGGCUGCAGCAUCUGCAGGAAGACCUUCGGCCACGCCGUCAGCCUGGAGCAGCACAUGAACGUCCACUCUCAGGAGAAGAGCUUCGAGUGCAAGAUGUGUGGCAAAUCCUUCAAGCGCUCCUCCACCCUCUCCACGCACCUGCUCAUCCACUCGGACACGAGGCCUUACCCCUGCCAGUACUGCGGCAAGAGGUUCCACCAGAAGUCCGACAUGAAGAAGCACACCUACAUUCACACCGGUGAAAAGCCCCACAAAUGCCAAGUGUGUGGCAAAGCGUUCAGCCAGAGCUCCAACCUGAUCACCCACAGCAGGAAGCACACGGGCUUCAAACCCUUCGGAUGUGACAUUUGCUCCAAGGGCUUCCAGCGCAAGGUGGACCUCCGGCGGCACCACGAGAGCCAGCACGGCAUGAAGUGAAGAGGAGCCGCCGUGUGUGUACGAUACAUUCCUAUAUAAACAAUAGAAACCCAUAUUGAAUUCUGAGUGAAGGCGAAAAUCUCCUGUAUAAUUAAGAAAUUACGAAGUUGAUGAGAAUGUACAAAUGAAAUGAGAUAAUAUAUUGGAAGCGAUCUUUCAGAGUUUACAUGUGCCGACGUCAUUGAGUUUUUAAAAUAUGCUUUUGGUAUUUGAGGACAUAUUUUGUUGGUUUCCUAUCGUUUGUGUAUAUGCUUGAUGCAGCGUGUGUUUUACCGGCUGGCGUCCGGCGCGUGAGCUGCAAAGGCGUUCGCUUGAUAUAAAGACUUAAAGAGUGAGAAGCAGGGAAAUCUUGAUGGUUGACCUUCUAGAAUAAAGACACGCAAAGUGAAAUGUGUUAUAAAAUCCUUUGCACCUUCCGGGCAAAAAAACACUCACGCAGCGUUUAUCUAAGACGAGCAGUGCAAACACACUUUGAACUAUUAGCAUUCACCUCUCUUUCAUGUGUGUGUGUGUGUUCUUCCCCGCCGCUCUCACACGUCGCUAGCAGGAUGUAGAAUGACUCGCGGCCGGCGGCCUCGGGUGUGAAGAUUUCUCGCUGGGGAGCGACGCUCUGGAACGCCACGCAGGACGCAGUUAGCAUCCGCUACGUUCGCUUUGAAGCUCAGCGACUUCCAAAGCAGGCUCUAUAAUCUCAGUGAGAAAAAGAAAAAAAAACACACACACACACACACAAUUAAACAAGCUGUCAGAACACACAAACGCAGUGUAAACAUUUGGCCUUCCUCAGUGCAUUGAGUCCUGUGGGGGGUGCAGGGAGUGAUGGGGGCAGAGCCGUUACCACACCCACAGCCUGCUGGAUUAACUUCAACAAACAACGAAGACUCACCACCUUCCUCAAACACCAAACCUGUUAGGACAUUAAGCUGCUCCAGGCAAAUCACAUCAUCAUCGGCGCCUUUUUAAAUCUGACAGCAACCGGAUGAGCGGUUGUCAAGAGUUUGCUCGAUUGCUUUGAUCUUUUUCCCCCCGAUUGAUUAGCAACACUUUCUUUCUUUCUAUUUGCGGCGUGGCUCUAUAAACUACUUUGAUACAUGUAUAGAGGGCUAAGUGGGACUAGAAAACACAUUAGAGGGGAAACGCUUCACCGGCUGCCCGUAGAACUGCUGGUCUACGGGGCCCUAAACGGUAUGGCUCGGAAACACCUUGCUGUCGGCCAAUCAGAUCGUCCAGCACGGGUCUCCUGAGCGCAAUGAGAAUGAAGUGGGUGCAUUUGGUUCCCUAAGACUCGGCGGUAACUUGUGUCUUCUUUGAAAAGCACCCUUGAAACUGCUUUUUAUCUCAAGCUUUUUGAUAGUUAAGAGUGCGUGUGUCCAGACUUAGGCUACCUUGUGGGGACACAUUUCAAGCUACCUUGUGGGGACACAUUUCAGGCUACCUUGUGGGGACACAUUUCAGGCUACCUUGUGGGGACACACAUUUCAAGCUACCUUGUGGGGACACACAUUUCAAGCUACCUUGUGGGGACACAUUUCAGGCUACCUUGUGGGGACACAUAUUUCAAGCUACCUUGUGGGGACACAUUUCAGGCUACCUUGUGGGGACACAUUUCAAGCUACCUUGUGGGGACACACAUUUCAAGCUACCUUGUGGGGACACAUUUCAGGCUACCUUGUGGGGACACAUAUUUCAAGCUACCUUGUGGGGACACAUUUCAAGCUACCUUGUGGGGACACAUAUUUCAAGCUACCUUGUGGGGACACAUAUUUCAAGCUACCUUGUGGGGACACAUUUCAGGCUACCUUGUGGAGACACAUUUCAGGCUACCUUGUGGGGACACACAUUUCAAGCUACCUUGUGGGGACACAUUUCAGGCUACCUUGUGGAGACACAUUUCAGGCUACCUUGUGGGGACACACAUUUUAAGCUACCUUGUGGGGACACAUUUCAAGCUACCUUGUGAGGACACAUAUUUUAAGCCACCUUGUGAGGACACAUUUCAAGCUACCUUGUGGGGACACACAUUUCAGGCUACCUUGUGGGGACACACAUUUGAAGCUACCUUGUGGGGACACAUAUUUUAAGCUACCUUGUGAGGACACAUUUCAGGCUACGUUGUGGGGACACAUAUUUUAAGCUACCUUGUGGGGACACAUUUCAGGCUAUGUUCUGGGGACACAUAUUUUAAGCUACCUUGUGAGGACACAUUUCAGGCUACCUUGUGAGGACACAUUUCAGGCUACCUUGUGAGGACACAUAUUUUAAGCUACCUUGUGAGGACACAUUUCAGGCUACGUUCUGGGGACACAUAUUUUAAGCUACCUUGUGAGGACACAUUUCAGGCUACCUUGUGAGGACACAUAUUUUAAGCUACCUUGUGAGGACACAUUUCAGGCUACAUUGUGGGGACACACAUUUCAAGCUACCUUGUGGGGACACAUUUCAGGCUACCUUGUGGGGACACAUAUUUUAAGCUACCUUGUGAGGACACAUUUCAGGCUACCUUGUGAGGACACAUAUUUUAAGCUACCUUGUGAGGACACAUUUCAGGCUACCUUGUGAGGACACAUAUUUCAAGCUACCUUGUGGGGACACAUAUUUCAAGCUACCUUGUGAGGACACAUUUCAGGCUACCUUGUGGGGACACACAUUUCAAGCUACCUUGUGAGGACACAUAUUUUAAGCUACCUUGUGGGGAAACAUUUCAGGCUCUUUCAACUGGACAAAAGUUGCGAGGCAUGUAGUAAUUAUUGCGGAGGGUCAUUCUUCAGGAAAUUAAUGUCAUUCAAUAUAAUGUCCCCAAAAGACACAUUGCCUGUGUGUAUGGGGGGGGGGGGCUGCCUUCUUUAUUGGGAAGAAAUGCUGGUUAGGUUUAGGGUAAGGUUAGUGUAAGGGUGAAGUAAAGGUUAAAGCUAAGGUUUAGGUUAGGGUUAAGUUUAGGGUAAGUAUCAAAUGAGGCUGGUAGAGUUUAUGGCUAGUGUACGUCUCCAGGAAAUGAAUGUAAGUCAAAGUAACGUCCCAAAAGUCAUGAAAGCCCAACAGUGUGAGUUCGCCUGUGCACAUUGGUUAUAAAUAAUUGUAUUUCAUGUAUUUGUGUGUUUGUGCAUUUUCGAAUAAAGUAUUUUGUAUACA